AAUGAAGGAAAUGGCCCCAUUUGCAGAGUGCUUUUGAUGAUGUUAGACCGUAGUACCGUCAAGAUUUGCGGAUCUACUAGGAUCGUUUCCAUCUACUUACACAAGGAGUUUUAUAUACGACUUGUUCAAUGUGAGUCUGUGGGUCCUCUGCGUGAUGGUCGCGGUAGAGAUCAGAAACUCUUGCUGACCCCUCCAGAUGCACAUACAUAUAUUGCGUCUGUGUUUACCAGUUAGUUUGCUUUAUUCUCUCUCCUUGUAUUUGAAAAUUAGGCUAUGACUCCCCCUGCCGAAUUUUCAUCCCCAGCAGGAAGCCUUGUUAAUCAAGUUCUCCCAAAUGGCGCACCAGCAUUAGAGCAUGCUGAAAUGCGGAAACGGACUUACCAUGACCAUGCCAAUCUCGAUACUGCUGGACUUGAAACCGUACAUGGCGGCGCUGCGUCAAGACUGCCUAACUCGGAAGAGCACCAACUUCCAAUAAAUCACUUGCUUGGCGAGUUCCCCGUUGGUAACUUCGGUGUCAUAUCUCAUAUGACUGCGAAUCGCUCUGAAUAUUUAUCGCGUCCCCAAGACGAUUACGUCUCUGACCAUUACGACACUGAAAAUCCAAUAUUUAAUCAUAAUGUGAUUUGCUCUUCAGGACAAUCUUCUAACCCCGAAAACAAUCAUCCUAUCGCUUCAACAAUAGGUGCUACCUAUCGUGCGCCUGCUACAGACUUCUUUCAGGUCACUAUGAAUACCGGGACUCCCCAUAAUUCGAACAUAUAUGGAUAUAUGCACACUAGUGCUGUCCACGAUUUACACUUCAUCGACCCGUCGCAAGAUCUCGAACGCAUGCCGCAUCACUUAUCCCCUUCACAACUUAUGUCGGGAGAGUAUCCAUAUCCGGAUCAUGAACUGCGACUUCCUCCAGUCUCUCCACGACUUGAUGCCAACGACUUUACACCCUCCUCCACUAUUUAUUCCGAACCUCCAAUCGCCUCGGGUUUUUUUCUCCCUGAUGCAUACGCUCCCUCCUCGCUCACAUCCAACGAUGUCAUUGGCGCUCAACCUCAGUGGGGAGCCCAGUCAUUCGUCGGCGACAGCGGUGGAAUGGGCCAUGCUUCUGGCACACAGGAUAUUAGCGUCGGAUAUCCUCGUCUCCAGGAUCGCCGGUCUAUGAAUUCUUUCUACCAGCGUAACACCCGAUUAAUGGCUAACCCGGCGCUGAAUCCACCACCACCACGUAGGGAAACGCCAAAGAAGCAGACUCUGGCGUGCCAUUUCUGCCGCGAACGCAAGAUAGCUUGCAGUAAACCCGACCCAGGAAGUCCAACCAUGAGUUGCAACCAGUGUUCUAGGCGGAAUUUACCAUGCACGUAUCCGACCGAGUCUCGUAGAGGACAGCAUAAAAGAAACCCCCAGAGGAUGCGCGACCUAAAGCUCUUGUUGUAACGGAUUCAUAACAUGAUAACACGGACAACCCAUAAAACAAAAGGAAAAUACCCUCCCAGCUUCUGUAUAUAUUACGUUUGCAUAAUCUUGUAUCGUCUAACCUGCUCUUCGAACUUCGUAUGUAUCGCGGGUGUAUCGCUUACCACGUUUCUACCUUGACUAUCCCUACUUCCUUGUGUAUAUACUAUAGAUCGUCUCAAUUUUAGCUCUUCAUUUCUGGGAUCCCCAUUCUUGCCAAGCUUGCGACUAUGUACCGUGACUCGUGAAUCAGA